GACUGCGAGGAAGCGGAGAGAGUUGCAUCCCAGCUUGGAAUACAGUUUCAGACUGUAGACUUCGUUAAGGAAUAUUGGAAUGAAGUGUUUGCUGAUCUGAUAGAAGACUAUAGAGCAGGACUAACUCCUAACCCUGAUAUUCUCUGCAACUCGAGGCUCAAGUUCACCCAUUUUCAUGAUUAUGCAUUAAACAAAAUUGGAUGUGACGCUAUUGCCACUGGACACUACGCAAGAAACAGUUAUGGAGAAAAUCUUGAGUUUAAAUCUAAAAAGCCAGCUUUUCUUCUUAAGUCAAUUGAUAGAUCUAAAGAUCAAACCUUUUUUCUCUCUCAGAUGCCCCAGACUGCUCUAAGAAAUACAAUAUUUCCGGUUGGAGAAUUAACCAAGACGGUAGUUAAACAGAUGGCUGUACAGGCAGGAUUUCCUGAGAUUGCUGCAAAGAAGGAGAGUAUGGGAAUCUGUUUUGUUGGAAAGAAGAAAGGAGUUGGGCGGAGAGGGUUUCAAGAGUUCAUAGGAGAAUAUAUUGAAAGUAAACCUGGCAGGUUCGUUGAUAUUGAUACAGGAGAGCUCGUAGGGACACAUGACGGUGUUCAUCAGUGGACUAUAGGACAGAGAACACGUAUUAAACGGGCAUUCAGUCCAUAUUUUGUUGUUGCUAAAGAUGCUAAAAGUAAUGACAUACAAGUUUGUUCUGAAAUAGAUCAUCCAGCUUUAUACUCAGACAGUUUCUUCACAUUAUCUCCGCAUUGGAUUAGUGGACCACCUGAAGAUCUUACAUCCAGAGCUUGUGAUAAUACAUUUGCAUGUGAGUUCAGAUUCCAAAAUAUGUCUCCUUUGACAAAGUGUGUAAUGAGUUAUAACAUGUCCUCUACAAGUAAUUGGGAGUACACAACUAGGAAUAGUCUGAUAGUGUCAACAGCUGAGCCGGUCAAAGCAAUUACACCAGGACAAUUUUCAGCUUUCUAUAAGGAAAACUAAUCUUACAUGAAUGAAAUA